CCACUGAGGAUUGCGUAGCCGACACCUUCACCGUCCUCAUUUCCAAGCCGUGGCCAGUGGAUGGCGUCAUUUGUAAUCAGUAUGAACUUUGUUCUACAUUGAAAGGGAUCGCCACAAAGUCAAACUUCAUUAGACAUUUGAGAGAAGAGGACAUGGAAUGACAUCUGUAUGAGGUAAGGGAAGUAGCGUUCUGGAGAAAUGGAGGACUCCUGGGGUACCGUGAUUUCGGUGGUGAAGGUGUGGUUCUCACUGGUAGUGGGGCUCAUCAUGCUGCCGUCCAUGUUUGGACUCUCCCUGGGGAUAACAGAAACAUACAUGACGAUCUUGAUCAAAACCUUGAAGUGGGCCACCAUGAGAAUACAGAAAGGAGUCCAGGAGCAAGUGACACUGAAGGCCUCCCCAUCUAAUGGAAUCAUCGAGAGGGACGACGGCUCCAUGGAGCAAGAGAUCGGGGAUCUGCGGCACGGCCGACCGAGGACCCACGAGGGGGGCGACUUCACCCUCAGCGACGUCUUCUACUUCAGCAGGAAAGGCAUCGAGACCAUCGUGGAGGACGAGGUCACCCAGAGGUUCACGUCCGAGGAGCUGGCCUCCUGGAACCUGCUGACACGCACCAACUACAACUUCCAGUACAUCAGCCUGCGGCUUACCAUCUUGUGGGGAUUGGGGGUCGUGGUGCGCUAUUGUAUCCUUCUCCCUCUGAGAGUUACCCUGGCCUCUAUUGGUCUAAUCUGGCUGGUGAUAGGAACAACGCUGGUGGGAUUUCUGCCAAACAGCAGGGUGAAGAACUGGCUGAGUGAGCUCGUCCAUGUCAUGUGCUACAGAAUCUGUGCAAGAGGCCUUUCAGCCGUUAUCCAGUACCACAACAGAGAAAACAAGCCCAAAAGAGGUGGACUUUGUGUUGCUAAUCACACUUCACCCAUUGAUGUCGUCAUUCUUGCCAAUGAUGGCUGCUAUGCUAUGGUAGGCCAAGUCCACGGUGGUCUCAUGGGAGUGAUCCAGAGGGCUAUGGUCAGGUCCUGUCCACACAUCUGGUUUGAGCGAUCAGAGAUGAAAGAUCGCCACCUUGUGACUCAGAGACUAAAAGAUCAUGUGCAUGAUAAGACCAAGCUUCCCAUAUUGAUUUUCCCCGAGGGAACAUGCAUCAAUAACACAUCAGUCAUGAUGUUUAAAAAAGGAAGCUUUGAGAUCGGUGGCACUGUCUACCCAGUGGCUAUAAAGUAUGACCCCCAGUUUGGUGAUGCCUUCUGGAACAGUUCUAAGUACAACAUGGUGAGCUAUCUGCUGAGAAUGAUGACAAGUUGGGCUAUUAAGUGCAAUGUCUGGUAUCUUCCUGCCAUGGUCCAAGAGGAAGGAGAAGAUGCAGUUCAGUUUGCCAAUAGAGUAAAAUCUGCAAUCGCUCACCAGGGUGGACUGCUAGAUUUAUGCUGGGAUGGGGGCCUGAAGAGAGGGAAAGUGAAGGACACGCUAAAGGAACAGCAGCAGAAGAUGUACAGCAGCAUGGUGGUGGGGGACGACAGCAGCAGCGGCAGUGCCAGUGACUGACUUUUUCCCGUUCCGACGAAGAAGCCACCCGCUAAUCCCUCUCAGCGUCUGAAAGCAUGUUAAGGGCGGAACGCGCUUCCCUGCACCAUUCAUUGCAAAGUGAGUCCUCUCACUGCUGGAAUACUGCCGGAAUACCGUGCCAUUUUCUGGGGAAUGGAGAGGAUUCAUGGAGGUUUGAGUCCAUACGGACUCCCUCUACUUUGAUUGAGAGAUGCUUUCCUUGAUAUUCAAGACAGAAUGAAGCACAGCCCAGGAUUGUAAUGUAUUGCGUGUCCCCAUUGCAGUGUCUUUUAAAAAUAAAGUUUUCAGCACUCUGAAACA